AUGGACGCGCUGGAGACCGCGGUGGCGAUGAUGGUGCGGAAGCCGGACGUGCCCCGAAGUAUGGUGUCCUUGGCCAUCCUGGCCCUCCAGGCGAGAAAUGACACCGAGCUGGAGGUUGAGAGCCUUUGCAGAGAGCGCAAGAAUGCCAAGGCUGCUGGCGACCGCGCCGAGUCGCAGGUGACCGCCAUGGCCAAGUCGCUGGCGGCGCUUCAAGCCGACUUUGACGCAUCGGCGCACGGAGCUCUCAAGGCCGAGAUCGAGCUCGUCGCAAAGGAGCGCGACGCUCUCAAGCGACGCGCUGACGUGCUCGAGGCCGACGUGCUGCAGAUGACAGGUCAGGCCGAAUCCAUGUGCCGCGACAUGGCCGACUACUACGACGAGUACGUCCUGGAGAAGCAAGCACACAAUGCGCUGCGCACCACGACGAUGGUCUUCGCCGCAAGCGUGGCGGAGAUGGAAGCUGCGCACGAGGAAGAGGUCGAGCGGCUUGAAACUGAGCUCCAAGCAGCGAUCGAGGCCCGCGACAGCAGCCGCGCCCGGGCGGCGACCGCGAAGAAGGAGGCCGAGGCGUUGAAAGCCACAGCCGACACGGCAGCGUCUCUGAAACGUGCGCUGGACGUCGUCACGGAGGAGCGCAACGACCUCAAGCUGCGCGUACAAGCGCUCGAAGCCUCGCUCCACCAGUCCACGCGCGACAUCGUGGACGUUCGCCAGCACUAUGAAGGUCGACUGGAAGCCUUGCGCCAACUCCUCCCAGCGGACCAGCGAGCUGCUAGCGCCGCGCCGGACCGGUGGGUGCGGCCCGUCGCGAGCAACCUGAUUGUCCCGCGAGCCGCUGUAGCGAGCCAGAACACGGCGCCCGCUCCACCAAGCCAGAGCACGGCGCCAGCACCAGCCCACCGAGGCACCGCGCCACGCCUCGCUCCGCGCACGUCACGUGACGAGGCUGUGACGCGGCCCACAAAGCGUCGACUCGUUGUCGCGGAACCGCCCGCCAUUUAG